UGGAGUUGUAUUGGGAACUCUGAACUUCAAGAACACAGGUAGCUGAGAGAACAUCCUUCGAUUUUAGACACAGUACAAUAGAAAGAGUGUGAUGUCUCAAGUUAUUCCAAACCAAGUGCUACGAGUUGGACAUGCGAUAUGUCUCUCGUCAAAAGAAGACGUCAUCCCCCUGGGGCGCAGCUUGCACCAAGCCUGUCCAAACUGUCCAUCUGUCUCUCCGACAUGCUGUUCCUAUUCCAAGGACAGAUGGGUUAGCCAACCAAUGAAGAUCCUCUCCCAACACGGUGGAAGUUCCAUGCAAAAUAGUGGACACUACCAAAUCUCUGAUAAGCACGGGGACUCUGACUUUCUCACACAUCGCGUUCUCUCGGGCUCGUAUCUCAGUGCUAAAAGUCACGGAACUCAAGUCUUCAGUUCUUCAGGCCAGCAGCGAGCAGAGCAGGGUUCUGUGGUGAGGGAGAGGGAGAGGGAGCUGGAUGAGGGGAAUCUUUUAUCUCCAACGUUGGACGUCUCCAUCGACAACCUCAACCAGCUCAUUUUAGAACUGGACCCAUCUUUUCAACCCAUCCCUGUAUGCAGUGGCACAGCAAGCCAUUCCAAUGGCCGAGAAUCUUCCAGUAAGAGAUCUGAGCGAUCGACGCAAGGAUCUCAUGAGGGUGUGGAUGCCUACAAAGGUCUUUUGGUUUCCAGGGGCGCCUCUCCUUUUUGCACACCGGAUCACUCCAUCACCAGCACUGCCUCCUCUAAAGUCCCAAUUCCAGGGCCCCCCAAGAACAGCAGCUGCUCCACCAGCGGGAGCCUCAUCUUCUCCAGCUCCCCAUCCCAAUGCGGGGAGCCUGGCAGCCAGGCUGCCCAGUGUGGCACAGGGGAGCAUACCUCCCACAGCUCCUGCUCCCGCUCCGCCCUGCCCUCCCCUGGUUCACACAGCUGGCCCAAGCCCUUGCACGUCCACAGGCAAAGGAUGAGUGGAGCCUCACUGCUCUCCACUUCACCAGGCUCUGACACAAGCUACGUUCUGGGGAGCGCCCACUCUCUCGUGAGCGAAGAUGCUGACAGUCCCGUGAGAAAACUCUUUGGGUCCUCAGGGUCCUUCUCAAACCUCAGCAGCCCUUAUUCCUACUCCCCUGACCUCCAGAAAGCCUACUUCAGCGACCAAAACCUUGAGUUCUUCAACAGCCAAUCUCAGCACCCAUCAUCCAUCCAUUCAUUCAAGGGACAGAAGUCUGUCUCCCCUCCCCACCUCAAAGGUCACCCCAGCAGCUGCCCUCCUUCUGUCACUGGUUCCAUGGUUGACAUCCCUGUGGUCCUCAUCAAUGGGAGCCCCGAGCACAAGCACUCUGUAAUCCCAGACUCCCAGAACAGCCACAGCUCUGGGAGACUCGGACACAGACCGACUAUGAAGAAGUCCUGCAAAGCUUCCAGCCCCUCUGUUGUCAAUGGUCAGUCUGCAGAUGUCCAGCCUCCAGGUCAGUCUCCAGAUGUCCAGCCCACCAUGAAGUUUGUCAUGGACACCUCAAAGUUCUGGUUCAAGCCUCACAUCAGCAGGGAUCAGGCUGAUGCUUAUCUGAAGGACCAGGAACCAGGUUCCUUCAUCGUGCGGGACAGCUCUUCUUAUCGAGGUGCUUUUGGGUUGGCCAUGAAGGUCGACGAAGGCCAGACCGCCCAGUUACCUCCAAGCCGAUCAGAUGGCACAAGCUCAGAUCUCAUUAGGCACUACCUUAUUGAAUCCUCAGCAAAAGGUGUCCGUCUUAAGGGAGCUUCGGAAGAACCCUACUUUGGCAGCCUUUCUGCUUUGGUUUACCAGCAUGCUAUUACUAAAUUGGAUUUGCCUCGUAAACUGCUUAUGCCAACCACAGAUUUCCCAGAGACGGAAGAACACAAGGAAGAGGCGUCUGCACCACAAGAAAAUAAAAAAACAGCCUGCAACCUUCUGUACCUGAAUUCAGUCAACACGGAGUCUCUGACGGGGCCUCUCGCUGUCCAGAAGGCCGUGUCCAUCACGUUUGAGACAGACCCCCUCCCCGUGUCCACCAUCGUCAGCUUCAAAGUGUCACACAAGGGCAUAAUAGUCACCGACAUCCAGAGAAAACUGUUUUUCAGACGACACUACCCUGCAAACACCCUCAGUUACUGUGGCAUUGACCCAAAGGACAGAAAGUGGCAAAAACAUUGCAGAUCUGCCAGGAUUUUUGGAUUUGUUGCAAAAUGCCAAGACCUCAGCCAGGAGAAUGUGUGCCACCUGUUUGCAGAGUACGACACCGCAGUGCUGCCCGUCGAGCUGGUGAAGGGUCUAAUGAAGAAUGUGGACACCCUGUGACCACCUGCUGCAGCUCGAACAACCUCACCUGGCGCCCCCACACAAUGACUACCAUCAUCAUCAUACACUGAGUACCAUCAUCAUCAUAGACCUGACACCCCCACACACUGAGUACCAUCAUCAUAUACA